UACCGUGGAUGCUGUGUUAAGCUUGAUCAAUACACUUUUUUAAUUGGAAGCUAAGGAUAAGAAGGGCAAAUAUCAGAAUGAAAGUGUUUUAAAACACUGUUAAAUUGAGCGUCUGACCAUCCAAUUUCCCCACUUCGUGCUCUGUCAAGCUUAGCAUUCAGAGUUUUUUCCUGAUCUUAUCUAAAUACGGCAGAUUAAAGAGAACGAUGAGUGAAUCCGACGAAAGACCUGAAGGCUAUAGUAAUCUCGAUGAGGCAGAUACAAAGCCGUUUACGGAGGAAUCGGGUCGUCCUGGCGAAUACUCUCAAGAACCGGUAACAGUGAAUCAGUGGAAACGAGUCCCACUUCUAAAACGCAUUCUAACAUGGAGGAAAUACAUAAUACUGAUCAUGACGCCGAUACUACUGAUGCCUUUGCCCAUUGCCGUGAAAGGAACGGAGUCCCGUUGUGCCUACUGUAUCCUGAUCAUGGCAGUGUACUGGGUAACAGAAGCUGUGGAGUUGGCCGUCACAGCUCUUCUCCCAUUGGUUCUUUUCCCAUUAUUUGGGGUCCUGGGCUCUAAACAAGUCUCCACUCCUUACUUCAAGGACACUAAUGUUUUGUUUUUUGGCGGCCUGAUCGUAGCCGUGGCUGUUGAACAAUGGAACUUGCACAAGCGGAUCGCUCUUCGAGUUCUCUUGCUGGUCGGAGCUCAACCACGACGGUUAAUGCUUGGUGUGAUGCUAACCACAUCGUUUCUGUCCAUGUGGAUCAGUAAUACAGCUACCACUGCCAUGAUGGUGCCGAUUGUUGAGGCAGUGCUGGGAGAAAUAAAAAAUGAAAAUAUAAAAAUUCGGUCGGGGAAGAACAUCGCCGAAAACGAACAGGAAAAUGAGAAUAUGUACUUGGAGCUCAUCGAAAUGAACAAAAACAAGGAAGAGAAGGUGGUCGCAGUGCGGGAACAUAAAGUAGCAAAAGAAUUAGACGAAGAAAUGGCUACUGCAAACUUAUUGAAAGUGAACGAAGACAGAAAUGAGGCAGAAACUCGAUAUUUUAACAGAAUGUGCAAGGCCAUGAUGUUAGCUGUCGCCUAUGCUGCAAACAUUGGUGGUACAGCCACCCUAACGGGAACUGGUCCAAAUCUCGUGUUUGGUGGACAGGCAGGCCUUCUUUUUCCUAAAAGCGGAGGAUUUAGCUUUGCCUCAUGGUUCGGUUACGCUUUCCCUCAAAUGGUGAUUCUCCUGUUUGUGGCCUGGAUCUGGAUUCAGUUCUUAUUCCUCGGUUUCAAUUUCCGCAAGUGUUUUUGCAAGUCUUCAAGUGGACGGGAGAAAGAUAACCAAUCAACUCAAGCAAUAAGACAGGUUCUGGUGGAUCAGUACAGAGCACUGGGACCGAUGUCGUUUGCCGAGAAAGCCGUCCUUGGUCACUUCAUCCUCUUAGCCUUACUGUGGCUUUUUCGUGAACCGAAAUUUAUGGAAGGAUGGUCGAUAAUAUUUGAGAAGGGUUACGUUCGGGACGCCACGGCUGCCAUGUUUGUGGCUUUUUGUCUGUUUGUGUUCCCUUCACAAAAACCCGUGAUAUUUAUUCCUGAUGGCUCAGUGAGAAAGCCACCACCCUGUCUCCUACAAUUUAAGACGAUGUCCAAGAGGUUUCCAUGGCACCUUGUCCUGCUGCUUGGAAGUGGAUUUGCUCUGGCGGAAGCUUGUAAAGUUUCAGGUCUGUCUGAGUGGGUUGGUGCCCAGCUAAGGCACCUCGAUGCCAUUCCAAGUUAUGCAAUCGGGAUGUGUGUCUGCAUCAUGAUCACCACAUUCACUGAAUUCACUUCCAACGUGGCAACAGCCACCAUAUUUCUUCCCAUACUGGCCUCCUUGGCAGAAGCGAUCGAGGUUCAUCCCUGGUACAUCAUGAUUCCUGCUACGAUUUCUUGCUCGUUCGCUUUCAUGUUACCUGUUGCCACACCUCCAAAUGCCAUCGUGUUUGCUGGUGGACAUCUCAAGGUUAAGGACAUGGCAAAAGCUGGUUUGGGAAUGAAUCUUCUGGCCGUAAUAGUACUGGUGAUUUGUGUGAACACAUACGGAGUACCAAUGUUUGACCUGCAUAACUUCCCAGACUGGGCUGGAAGCAUCGGUCCAAUCAGUAGUACUGCUGCAACUCCGACUCCUCCUGGCAAUUUCACAUUGUUAUGCCUUAACUUCACAUCUUCGUAAGCUAUGGGUUCGCCCGUAAUUGGACAAAUCCUAGGUUUCCAGGGGUUUCUCUCCUUCCGAAUCCCCCUAGGGGACGGGUAAACGGGGGAAAAGGACCAUUAAACAGGCCGCAAGCGCUAAUCCCCAUGACCUAAGUGCAGUGUUAAGGUACUGUAGGCAUUUGUCCAGCUUCUUCAUCAUAAAAAAAAUAUGGCUACACUUUAAAAUUGUGUCACUCUUGACAUCGUUAACCAGUUCCCUUUCUGUUUUCUUCGUUUGUUUGUGAUGCUUAUCUAUUCUGGAAAUUUAUCAUUUAGAGGUUUCCUUCCAAUUAGCGACAGUUUUUAACAACUUGAAGAAUAAUUUACUUAAAUAUCGUAAAUUAAUUCCUUUGAUCACUGCUCUUUUUCAGUAGCUCGUUACAGAAACGAGAGAAGCUAUACUUCGUUUACUUACACUUAAAGAAUAAGUUAUUUUUUUUCCUCCCGAUCAGAAAAUCAGUCGUCAGUUUAACGAAUAUAUUCCAUGUUGCCGUGUCUGUUCAGUAACAGAUAACAGAUGACGUCAAAGUGUGGCAAGACAAAUAAAGUGGCAGAGGAGGUGCAGUCCACAUUUUGACGUCUUGUGUGAUCAAUUACUGUACAGACGCAAGGCAACAUGCAAUCUGUUUCACAUAAUAAAAGCGCAAAAUGUUAUUAAAUUGAAUGGUGACAUCAUCUGUGUCUGUUUUCCAAUAAAACAUAAUGUAAGAAUCAGUUAAAAUGCAUGUUUAAUUUACCUUAUUGUAUGGUUGUGAAUUGCGCUUGCCAUAUCAUCGUUAAUUAGCUCCUUUAAGCGACCGAACUUUGUUUAUCUGCAUUUAAACUAAGACGUUUAUUGAAAAUAAACUGAAAGUAGUCGUCAGUGAAAGUACUGCGUUCCUCUAUCUCUCUUCUCUUCAUUUCAACUGUUAAGGAAAAGCGUAAUUAAGUCGUUCUGAAUGAAAUAGUGAGAGGAGCAGUCACCAGAAGUGUAACUAAAUAUGAUAGAGAAGUCUUCUCUUUUCCUUUUUAUUAAAUUCUUAUCCUUCUACGCGAUGUUCUUAGCAUCUUCGAGGAAUAUUUAUAUUUGAUUUAAAAGAGAUUGAGUUCCUAUAACGUGAAGAUCAAAAUGGAGUGUAUGGUGUCAGUAACAUUGGGCGUUUCUGGCGU